AUUUUGACAAAUGAGUGGGUAGCUUAUGGGUUAUGUUAAGGGUCAAAAAAAGUAAAUAGAAAUUAUUAAUUAAAUUUUGGUGUAUUACAGCGAAUUAAGACGGUUGUAAUUAUGGCAGACGGGGCCGCUAUAAAAGAGGGAUUCAUCUGCCCCAUAUGCAUAAAAGAUUUCCGAACCCCCAACAAUCUGCUUUCCCAUUUCCAGGACCAACAUUCUGAAGAACAAGAUCUCCUUAAAUCAAUUAAAGAAAUUUAUGGCAAAGCGAAGAAGAGAAUCCUGAAGUUAGAGGAUCAGGAUUUGCAAACAUUCAAAGAACAGAACAGGGAAGUGUAUUUCCUUGAACCAAGCCCUCCUCAAGAUGUGGGACCUUUUAGAAGCCACACUGAUUAUUUAAAGGAUUUGAGGCGGGAGAAGUUGGAUCAUAGAACAGCUGAGACUAAUAGGUUAAUUAUUCGGCUUGAUAGACUUUUAAGGACGUUUGGACCUGAUAGAAAACAGCAGGAACAGGAAUUAGUUGAAUGGCUAGACGGAAGCUCAGUCACCAGAUGUCCCUCUUGUGCCGCAAGUUUCAACAUUGCGAGGAGACAACACCAUUGUCGUCUCUGUGGCAGUAUUAUGUGUAAAAAUUGCUCCUAUUUUUUGCCAUAUGAUCAAGCUUAUAGAAUUGUGGCUCCCAUAAACAAUACAAGCGACAAAGACUAUUCCGGUAAAGAGACUGACACUUUACGAAUUUGCGAUCAUUGCUUAAAAAUGUUGGAGUCUCGGCAGAGGGUUCAGAUAAACCAAAUGUUAAAACCGACCAUUUGGCAGCUUUAUUCUUUACUGGAAAAAAAUAGGAAGCAAGUUCAAUCAUUUGUGGAUUUAUAUAAUAAGAUGUAUGAUUCACUAACCUCAGGCGAAACCACAUUUCUGUUACAAGAUUUGCAAUCAUUAAGGUCCACCAUAGCGGAAAAAGCUCAAAUAAUUGACACUUUGAGUAAAAAGAUCGCUUCUGAGCCAGUUGAUCCCGAGAUGCCCAAAGCUGUUUUAGUUCAAAACAAUAUUAGAAAGUCUACAUCAAAUUACAUUAAGGAUUUUUUAUUAACACUCCCACAGCCUCCAAGUUCAGAAGAUAUUGAAAAUAUCAGGGAAAAACUUGCAAUGAGUUUUAGGGAAGAGAGCGAUAUAAGAUCUAGUAGGCAGCCUAAAAUUCAAACAGUUGCUGUGACUACUGGAUGGUCUCCUGCACCAGCAAACAUUGAACCACCUUCACAGGAUGAGGAUGAUAACCCUUUAAAAGAGCAAAUGAGAAUAGUUAGAAACUACAUUGACCAGGCGAGAAAAGCACAGAGAUACGAAGAAGUGGCUUCAUUAGAAGAGAACCUGAGAAUGUUACAAGACACAUAUCGUCGGCAAAGAACAGCUUUGGGAUAAGUUUAUUAGGACGUGCCUAAGAGUGACCGGUGAGUUCCGGACCGACGCCGGAAGUGAACGGGACGCGACCGUUUUCUCAGCGCGAAGACAGACAUCCUCUUCCUCGUGGCUUCCCAUCCUCAUCAUCUACAUAAUUAAGAAAAAA